AUGCGCACAGUCCGCCUAAACUGGUCGACGGGCGUUCUUUUGUACGUGCGCAUGCGCCUCUCUGCUGUUGACCAAGUGAUCCUCUUGGCUGGCACUCCCUUGGAUGAUGAUGCUGUCAUAAACCAAUGUGGUAUUAGUGAGCACUGCACUCUUGAAGUAGUUGCUCGAUUGUUGGGUGGUAAGGUCCAUGGAUCCCUUGCUCGAGCUGGAAAAGUAAAAGGUCAAACUCCUAAGGUUGCAAAACAAGAGAAGAGGAAAAAGAAGACUGGCCGAGCAAAGAGGCGCAUGCAGUACAAUCGCCGUUUUGUAAAUGUUGUGCCAUGCUUUGGAAAGAGGAAGGGACCAAAUUCAAACUCCUAAUAUGUUUUUCAUCAGAAACUCUUUGAUUCACUGAAUUGACAUCUAUGCCUCAUGCUUAUGGACUGGCUAACUUGGCUGGAACUAUGCCAAAUGAAGUAAUGGCUUCUAUGGUAUUCAGAUCCUUAAGUGAUUUUUUUUUUUUUUCUAAAACUUUCCAGCAACUUUUAACAAAUGUCUUGGUCUGUUCUGAAGUAUAACUGUAUAUUUGAUUCACUAAAAUAUACAAGAAUUCCACUGAAAA